CCUAUUCUUCACAAAUAUUAUCACUCAGGAGACCUCCUUAUUGCUGGCAUAAUGUCUCAGGUCUAUAUAUUAUUAAAUGAGAUAACCUUCAAAGAACUUCCCUCUCCUAAGCUUUUUGAUGAUCAUAUCCAUUUCACAGCCAGCUGGACAUAUCUUGCCUCAAUGGAACUAUUAUCUAGGAGGGGAAAACUUAUCCCUAACUACAAGUGUGAUAUUGAGAACACCCCAAUAGCAGUCAUUGUGGGACCAAACUCUGACAUCAUUUUCUACAUGACAACUCUCCUGAGUAUCUUCAGUAUACCACAGGUCAUCUAUGGCUCUUCUUCUGUGACAAAUAACAACAUCCAAGGUGUUUUUUUCUACUGGAUGUUCCCCGAUGGGGCUUAUCAAUAUAAGGGGAUUCUCCAGUUACUGCUACAUUUCAGGUGGAAGUGGAUAGGGGUGCUUUCUCAGAGUGAUGACAAUGGGGAGAGAUUUCUACAAAGUAUUCUUCCCAUGUUUGCCCAGAUGGGUAUCUGCACUGAUUUUCUUGAAACUUUCCCCAAACUAGGCUUUUCUGGGGAGCUCAAUCAAAUGGUGGAGGAAAUGUCUGAAACAACUAGUAUUAUUAUGGGGAGCACUGCCAAUGUUGUGGUUGUUCAUGGUGAAAUUCAGACCAUUAUGGCAAUGAGAGUGAUCCCUAGUAUUGCAGAUACUCAGGAUAUACUAAUGCUAAACAAGGCAAAAGUCUGGAUAAUGACAGCCCAAAUGGAUUUCACAGCAUUUCCCUUUCAAAGAACCUGGGACAUAUAUUUUCUACAUGGUGCUAUAUCAUUUGAAGUUCACUCAAAGGAUUUUCUAGCAUUCCAGAAAUUUCUCCAAAUGAGAAGCCCUAUCUUGGAAAAAGAAGAUGGGUUUAUCCGGCACUUCUGGGAAGCAGCAUUUCUUUGCUCUUUACCCCCUCUUUCUUUAGAAAAUAAACAUGGGGAAAUCUGCACUGGAGAGGAGAAACUUGAGACUCUCCCUGGGUCUGUUUUUGAAAUGAGCAUGACUGCCCACAGCUACAGCAUCUAUAAUGCAGUCUAUGCUGUUGCACAUGCUUUGCAUGAUUUGCAUGCCACUCAUUCAUCCAAAUUCAAACAGCCAUCAAUGGUGGACAGACUAAGAUGGGAGCUUCUGAAUCAACAGCCCUGGCAGCUCCAUAAAUUUCUGAGCAGUGUCUCAUUUAAUAACAAUGCAGGAGAAGAAGUAUCUUUUGAUCAAAAUGGAGAAUUGGCCACUGGAUUUGAUAUUGUCAACUGGGUCAUAUUCCCAAAUGAGUCCUUUCUUAGAGCUAAAGUUGGAACAAUGGAGCCACAGGCUCACCCAGACAAGAGAUUAACCAUUCAUGAUGAUGCCAUUUUAUGGCCUAAAAGAUUCAACCAGGUUCAACCACUUUCAUUAUGUAAUGAGAAUUGCCAUUUUGGUUACAGUAGGACCAAGAUGGAAGGGAAGCCAUCUUGCUGCUAUGAUUGCCUGCCAUGCCCAGAGGGGAAGAUUUCCAGCCAGAAGGAUAUGGACGACUGUUUUGAAUGCCCUGAAGAUCAAUAUCCAAACAACGACCAGGAUAGAUGCCUUCCAAAAGAAAUAACCUUCUUGUCUUAUGGAGAACCUUUGGGGAUCACGUUGGCCACUUUUGCUCUCUCAUUUUCUGUCAUCACUGCAUUUAUAUUUGGAGUUUUUAUGAAGUAUAAGGAAACUCCCAUAGUCAAAGCCAACAAUCGGACCCUCACCUACACUCUCCUCAUCUCCCUACUGUUCUCCUUCUUUACAGUUUUUCUAUUCAUUGGCCAGCCUGAGAAGGUGACAUGCCUCCUUCGACAAACUGCUUUUGGUUUCAUCUUCUCAGUGGCAGUAUCUUGCAUAUUAGCCAAAACCACCAUUGUAGUUCUGGCAUUCAUGGCCACCAAGCCUGGAUCCAGGAUGAGGAAAUGGGUGGGAAACAGACUAGCCAGCUCUAUUGUCCUGUCCUGCUCCCUUAUUCAAGCUGCUAUUUGUAUUAUCUGGCUGAUAACUUCUCCUCCAUUCCCAGAUUUUGACAUGCACUCUGUAACAGAAAUGAUUGUAGUAAAAUGUAAUGAAGGUUCAAGUAUAAUGUUUUAUUGUGUCUUGGGCUUUAUGGGUCUCCUGGCCACUGUCAGCUUCACUGUGGCUUUCCUAGCCAGGAAGUUGCCUGACAGUUUUAAUGAAGCCAAGUUUAUCACCUUCAGCAUGUUGGUGUUUUGCAGUGUUUGGCUGUCCUUUGUUCCAACCUAUUUGAAUACCAAGGGGAAAUAUAUGGUGGCUGUGGAGGUUUUUUCCAUCUUGGCCUGCAGUUUUGGACUACUGGUGUGCAUCUUCUCUCCUAAAUGCUAUGUGAUUUUACUGAAGCCUGAGUUGAACAACAAAGGGCAGCUGGUAAGAAGAAAGAAUGAAGAACAAGGCAGAUUAACCUGUAAUUAA